AUGUUCAACGGUCUUUAUUCACAACAUGUAUCACCUAGCGAAGCUGAAAUGGCUGCACAGACAUUAUCCGAAGAGACGACAUACCGGUUUCCUGCUUUUUCUUCCAACGAUGCCGUUACUCUUGGUCUAUCUAUUCGUAAACGCUUUCGAGGCUCUUCCAGACACGCUGCAAAAGGUCGUGGACUCGUGAUAAAAAUACAAACUAUUGCUGGGCACGAGCUCUUUUCAUGUACAGUUGGCGAGUUGGGUGCAGCGAGUUCGUUGGGUGAUGUCAGCCUUGAUGCAUGGGCGAGCAUCGAGGGCAUGAUAAAUGUUGUGAGGCGCACAGGGCAUUCAAGCUUUUAUGUCGAAAAGGGAAUUGGUGCAAUGGGGAAAACACCGAAGGAUAUGGGCAUUCGGGGUGAUUAUUCUGUUAAUGGCGGUGCAUUUCCAAUAUGGCUUCAGAACUCGCUUGUAUGUCCCGUAGCCAUUGUUGCUGCAUAUGGGGGGUCUAGUAUCGAUGACCAUCGAUUGGUCGUCACUUCAAUUCGGGACUACCUUACUAAAACAUUCAACUUCAAGGGCGAGCUAACACAGUCUCCGACAACUUCAGUGAAUCCGUCAAUGGGUCGUCGUGGAAGCAUGGUACGAUAG